AGAGGAGGACCAGAGUUGCGCGAACUUUCUCUCAGCAGGACCCAUCUCGUCUCAUCAGCUUUCACUCGGACUCAAUUUGGAGGAGACAUACGUGCUCUUACCUCAAUUUUUGAGCGUCGUUGACAAGAAGUGAACCAAGAUGGCGGUGCUGAAACGGUGUUGCUGUUGUCUGAAGAUCAGAACAGGCAGUCUGGUGGCCGGCAUAUUUUUCCUGGCCAUCGCCAUCAUUGACCUGAUUCUGCGCGCUGUUGGACUCGGCAAUGUGCCCGGGGUGCUGGCUGGAGGUAUCGUCUUUGACAUCAUAUUUGCCAUCUUUUGCAUCCUUCUCAUCGUGGGCGUGCUCAAGGACAUUAAGUGGUUCUGCCUGUCCUGGGUGAUAUACGCCGUGGUGUAUCUCAUCAUACUGCUCAUCCUGGCCAUAGUCUACACCGUCAUGACUGUGGCCGAGUACAUCGACGACGACAAGGGUGUGUCUCUCGGCGCCAUGAUUGGUGGACUCGUCAUCAGCUGGUUGAUCGUCACCAUCGUCGUCUCCUUCAUCGUAUACUGCGUCCUGUGCGUGUACUCCCACUACCAGAACCUGCGGGACGGCAUCGUGGAGGGCGACGUCACUGUCACCCGCACUGAGAUCGUCAGUGGGGUAGAUCUGGCCGUGCGAUUUGCCACUACUGGCAUGCUUGUGCAUGAAGACGCGCUGGGUUCUCCUGAAGCUGGUGGCGGAAAAACUAAACCAUCACAAUGUUAUCAGCAAAAGUCCAACUCGGACGAAAGAAAAAAUGAACAAUGCCCGGGCGAGGCUUACAUGGUGGAAGCGGCGUAUAGCGGUAUUGUCUUCGACCUCAUCUUCGUCAUCUUCUGUAUUCUGCUGAUCGUGGGAGCCGCAAAGGUAGCUACAAUCGCCUUGCGUCGUGCAUGUCUAUACCAUGUGUAA